AUGCAGUCCCUCGUUGCCUUCACUCUCGCUAUCGCCGCCCUUUCAGCUGCUGCUCCUAGCACUGCUCCUGACGGGCUGGUCGCUCGCGGCGGUGGUUAUGACUAUUGCUGCCCUGGAAGCGGAAAGUACAGCUGUUCCCCUUGCGAUCCAAACGAUUCUUGCCCCCAUGACAAGCCAGACAGGUACAGCUCCUGCUCUGAAGAUGACCAAGUCGGGGUUGCCAAUAUCUUCCUCUGCGAUGUCCUCAACGAUAUCACGGUUGCUGUCCCAAUCAGCAUCAACGUCCUCUAG